UUUUGGCCUCCCAGUGUUGACAGAGGCAGGAUGUCGCACAUGGUUCAGGGCUGACUGGAAAAGUGACUCGUCCACACACACUUUUUCUCACACUGGCCGCAGACGAGACUGACCCAGGACGGGCAACGGGAUGUAGAAACAAACUGCAGUUUUUAUGUUUAGCUCUGGAGCAGAAUGAAGACAUGGGCCUGACGGAGCUGAGCUGUGUUGGAGCUGCAGAGCGACACCACGCAGACCUUCAUCCUCUGUGAGAACACAACUUCCCUUUCUGCCACAACAUGGCCGGGAGCCAGACUAACUACUGGGGACAGCAUGACAUGAGCAGAGUGUGCUGUGGCCUGAGGACUGACAUGGAAAACAACUUGACUGAGCUUCAGCAACGGCAGGCGGCCAAGGAAUGUGACACCACCUUCCACUUGUCCCGGUCUCCUCUCUGCUCUGAUACUUAUCGCCUGAUGUCCCACAACGUACCGCAGCCCUAUGGGGGAGACCAGGUGGUCCCUUCUUCCCAGAGACUGAAAAUGUUUAAGGGUCACCACCGAGAAGCCAAGCCCCUCCCGCCUCUGCCCGACCCCGAGGAGCUCAUGUCAGACGAGGCUGCCGAUAGCGAGGUGGAGUUUUUCACCAAUGACCGCCGCCGCCUUUUGCCUAAGAGCUGCCCCAAGGCCCUGUGCAGGAGCAGCUAUAGAGGCUGCGGCCAAGUGAAUUACGCCUACCAGGAUAAACCCUCGGGGCGCGUUGGUGGUGGGAGCAGUUCUAUGGCUUUUUCUUGGCCAGGCACAGAUGAUAGUGGAACCAACGCCGGGCUGGGCUUUGGAGCCAAAAGCUGGAUGCUAGGUGGGGCUAAAUAUGGUGCCCAAGGGCCGCAUUUCCAUAGAGCAGACAAUGCACAGUUGGUCAGGGAUUCUUCCUGUAGCAAACAGCCUGAACACUUCCAAUCGUCCAGACUACGGUAUUCCAGUUCAGGACCUGCUGACAAGCCUGAGAUCCCGCCUCGUGUUCCCAUCCCUCCAAGGCCCCCUCCUCUCCCAAAACCCGUUUCGGAUGACUGGUCUGUCAGCAGCAACGAGGAAGACAAGCCUCCCAAAAUUCCUCCAAGGGUCCCCUUAGUCCCAACCUGCCCACCACGCACCCCAAGCCCCAAAAGCCUCCCACUUUACAUCAACGGCGUAAUGCCUGUCACUCAAAGUUUUGCUCCAAAUCCGAAAUAUGUGAGCAAGGCGCUGCAGGGACAGCGGAGUGAAAGGGCGCCGUCUGCAGACCAGUGCUCUCCCUGCAUUGUUCCCAUCAUGAAGGACGGCAGGCGGGCCAGCGCCACACACUAUUUCAUCCUCCCGUGUCAGCCGGCCUACAUGGACAGACUGGAAAGGCUGUUCAGGGAGCCGGACAGGAAGGACAGUCCCAGCAUGUGCAAUCCAGAGCUGGGCUGCCAGAACAGAUAGAGACCGUCGCUCAUGUGUCUCUCACUGUGUCUGAAACGUGUUCAGUGUUUAUACAGUCCUGACUACCGUCCUCUAACGCCAUGCUGCACACUGUUGCAUGGAGUUUGUCAAGACAUUAACGUGCUACAUGCCUAUCAACAGAGUAUGUUCACCUCUAAUGUCACUUUAACAUUAAUCUCUGGGAUUGUUGUAUUUUAAGAUAUCGUAAGUCACAGCGGGCUAUAACAUCCGUUUCAGUACACUAAUAUUAGCAUAAAUACAAAUUGAGUAUACAGUACUGAAAGGACUACAGUUUUCACACAGGGGAAUGGUCUCAGAGGUUGUGAACUUGCACCCAUCACCUGUCCAUUCUUCAAAAUAAGGACUUCACACAGAGAUGAUUACAACCAACCUGAGAUUUCAUAAAAACUGAAACUUUAUUUCACGUAUGUUAACAAUGAACUACCAGAGUUACAAGCUGGGCUUGUGCAAAACCGUUCCGCCUGUGUGUUUUGUCUUAUUUUCCAUGACAGUGCUGCUUGAAAUCUUUACCACAACGUAUUGCUAUUUAGAUUUAAUGAUUUUAAGAACAUCCCCUCUCACACAAAUUUUUACUAAUUUUAACAAUGGAGAAAAUGGCGAAUAUUUGAAUGACAAAAGAAUGUUUUGAACUACAGUGGAAUGGAAGACUUCACCUAGUAAAACUCAGUUUGACUCACCUCUUUCCCUGACAGCGACUGACACCACGACAGCUAGUUAAGUAGAAGUUUCAGUCGUGAACUCUAGAUGGCACUUAGUAACAUUCCUUUGACUAUCUGAACAUUUGAAAAGUUGGUUAUGUUUCAAAAUAGUGGUGUCUUAAGUGUAGCAGGUGUAGCUUCAGGUUACCUUCCUGUUUUUUUUUUAUUUUCCUGUGUAAGCCCUUUGAAGGCCUUUCAGCUUCAGGUCUGUCCAGCUGAAUAUAAUUUCAAGCUAGGACUGUUAAAAAAUGAUCAUUGUAGUUCAAAGUUACAUGUAGCUACACUUUCCCUGCAAGAUACUGAGCGUUUUCAGUUCAUGCGUUGAUUUUCACAUCAUAGUGUAUUCUACUGUGCCCAAAUCUAUAAUUUAUUUACUAGCUGUUAAGUGUUAACCUAGCCAUUUCACAGUAUUUUUAGCCAUGAAAAGCAUGUUAUGUUUAUACUGUUGUACGGCGCAGACCCGGGUUUACACACUGUUACAUCAACGGGUUGAAGUUCUCAUGAAGGUUCUUUGUGUUUGAUUCAGCCUCAGCAAAGGCUGCUUGUUAGUUCAUCAUGUUGUGUGUGUUUGUCAAGAUUAAAUUCUCAUAAAAUGAUGUAUUUUUGAUUAAUCUAUUUAUAGAAAUAAAAUAACUUAUUCAGUUUA